CUCCUUCCUGGCAGCUUCGCGUUGUCUUGUGGAGAACGCCUCUCUCUUGACUCUUGACCACAUCCUCCUACUCUGCCAUUUCAAUAUUCGAUCGAAAUCUCCAAAAAUCAACCCGCUUGAUUUGGAUCGGAGAAUGGAGCCGCAAGUUCACGACCAGCGAGCACAUGCCGUAGUCAUAAUCACUCUCCCACCUUCCGAUGAUCCUUCCCAAGGCAAAACAAUUUCUGCUUUCACCCUCACUGAUCAUAACUGCCCACCUGAAACUGAAACCCUAAACCCCGAAGACUACCCAAACCCGACAUUUCAACCCGACCCACUUCACGAAAACCAGGAUCCCGGACUCUGGCUCUCGGAUCUCUCCACGGUCUCUCCGAGACUAGUGCUGGGUCUUGUCGGUAUUUCGCUUCUCGCGAUUGCUUUCUACGCCUCUGUUUUCCCCAACACUCUUCAGAUGUUUAGGGUUUAUGACGAGAGGGACCGUGACGAUGAAGGUAAUCGCCGUGAAACGUGGUCGUUUUCUUUCCCUGUGUACCACAAACUGGGUGCUCGGGCGAUUCCUGACAGGAACUUAGCGGAAGUUGUGGAUGUAGUAAAAAGUGGAAUCUCAAUCGAUCAAGACCAAGUCAACAAUGUUUUGCCUGCAAUCGCUAGUUCUUUUGACUCCUCCACUACGAUUCUUCCAGUUGGUGGAGAUUUGUAUUCUAAUGGGCUCUACUUCACACGGAUUCGUCUUGGAAGACACUACUUCUAUCUUGACAUCGAUACUGGAAGUGACUUGACUUGGGUCCAGUGUGACGCUCCUUGUAGGAGUUGCGCUAAGGGAGCUAAUCAACUAUAUACGCCAAGAAAAGGUAUGUUAGUCAGAUCCGCCGAGUCCUUGUGUGUAGAGGUUCAAAAGAAUCAAAUGACAGAACAAUGUGAGGAUUGUGAGCAAUGUGACUACGAAAUUGAGUAUGCUGAUCUUAGCUCUUCCCUUGGAGUUCUUACCAAAGAUGUGUUUCAUAUCAAUCUCCACAACGGAUCAGUUGCUGAGUUGGAUAUAGUUUUCGGGUGUGGAUAUGAUCAGCAAGGGCUACUGUUAAACACUCUGCUAAAGACAGACGGGAUCCUUGGUCUAAGCAGAGCUAAAAUUAGCUUGCCUUCUCAACUUGCAAGCCGAGGUAUCAUCAGCAACGUGGUUGGCCACUGCCUUCCAUCUGAUCUAAACGGUGAAGGGUAUAUCAUCAUGGGAAGUGAUUUGGUUCCCUCACGCGGGAUGACAUGGGUUCCUAUGCUUCACCAUUCUCACUUGGAAGUUUAUCAGAUGCAAGUUUCAAAGAUGAGCUAUGGGAAUGGUAUGCUUAGCUUAGAUGGUAGAGUAGGGAAAGUCUUAUUUGACACGGGAAGCUCUUAUACAUACUUCCCUAACAAGGCUUACUCCCAGCUGGUCCACUCACUUAAAGAAGUUUCUGGAUUAGGACUAACACUUGACGAAUCAGACAAAACGCUGCCUAUCUGUUGGCAACCUGACUUCCUGAUCAGUUCCUUGUCGGAUGUUAAACGGCUAUUUAGACCAAUAACUCUGCAAAUAGGGAGCAAAUGGUGGAUCAUAUCAAGAAAACUUGUGCUUCAGCCAGAGGAUUACUUGAUCAUAAGCAACAAAGGAAAUGUAUGUCUUGGGAUAUUAGAUGGAAGCAGUGUUCAUGAUGGAUCCACCAUUAUUCUUGGAGACGUGUCGAUGCGUGGACACCUGAUCGUGUACGACAAUAUGAAGCGGAGAAUCGGAUGGAUGAGAUCAGACUGCGUUCGGCCUCGUGAUUCUGAUUUCAAUUUACCUUUCUUUCAAGGCUGAGGAAGAUUCAUAAUUCUUACAUAUGUGUUGUAUAAAACCUGACACCAUGCGAGUGUUUGAUAUUUAGUGUACGUAGUAGGUGUUGUGUAUCUAAUUGAAGUCGUGUACUUUUGCUAAAUUUAUCAUUUCCC